AUGAUUUCUUCAAAAAAUUUGGUGAAUACGAUGCAAGAAUUAUCAUUGAUAACAUCUAUAUUGGCUAAUAUUUUGCUCAUGUAUCUAGUUUAUAAAAAAUCACCAAAACAAAUUGGAUCAUACAAAUAUUUGAUGAUUUACAUUGCAGUUUUCGAAAUGUGUUAUUCAAUUCUAGAUGUUCUUCUUGAACCUCUCGUUCUUUCGCAUACUUCUUUAUUUUUUGUCAUAAUUCACACUAAAUCGACUUUUUUCACCAAAGAAAUAUGUAUUUAUCUGAUUUCAAUUUGGGGAGCAUUUUUCGGAUCAUUCAUGGCUUUUUUCGCUGUUCAAUUUAUAUAUCGAUAUUUUGUAGUUUCGGGGUAAGUUAACAUGGAUAUCGACUUUUACGAAAACUUAUUUACUAGAUCAAUUUAUCUCAAAACUUUUAAUGAUUGGAGACUUGUUUUAUGGAUGACUGUUCCUUUGACAGGCGGUGUUUUUUGGGCUUUUCUAACAAUAUUUUGUCUUCAUCCGGACAAGCAAACUGAUGAUGUUAUACGAAACGUUGUUCUUGAAACAUUUGAUUUCGAAAUUAAAGAUAUUUCAUACGUUGGAUCGUACUUGUACAGAACGAUAAAUGGUCGGGAGAUCAUCGAUUGGACUAGUCUUACCGCAAUAAUUUUGAUGAUAAUUGUUAUGAUAUUAUCGAUAACAACAACUACUGUUUUUGCCACCAAAUGUUUUCUAGAAAUCAAAAACUAUGUGAAAACUGCACAAAAUUUCUCAAAAAAAUUGAAAAGCCUACAAAAUCAACUGUUUUACGCUCUCGUUACUCAAACUUUAAUUCCCAUCAUUCUUAUGCAUCUUCCAGUCACAAUUCUUAUAAUUUCUACAGUUUUGUCAAUUGAUUUAGGUCAAACCAGUGUUUUAGUUAGUAUAACUAUUGCACUCUUUCCCGCACUUGAUCCAUUCCCAGUUAUAUUAAUUGUAAAACAUUAUCGAUUUGCAAUGAUGAGUGCAGUUUCUACGCCUGUUGUUAAAUUCAUUCGGAAAAGACUUGAUAACCCUGUAUAA